UUUUUUUUCUUUCUCCUCUCCCCCCUUUUUUGUUACUUUACUACAUCUCUCUUGUUAUUAAUCAUGUCUGAUAACGUUGCUCAUGCUCUUUCUGGUGCUGGUGGUGGUAUUGUCGCCAUGACUUUGACUUAUCCUCUUGUCUCCAUUAGUUCUCGUCUUCAAGUACAACGUGGUGGUCAAGAUAAAGACGAUUACAAGAACACGGCUGAUGCUUUCUUCAAGAUUCUUGCCAAAGAAGGUCCCAAGGGUUUAUAUGCUGGUUUAUCUUCUGGUAUUUUUGGUAUUGCUAUCACUAAUGGUGUAUAUUAUUAUUGUUAUGAAGCUGUCAAGGCUGUAUUUGAAAAGGCAAAAUCAAAGAAUCAACCUAUGUCUACUGCUGAAUCUAUGCUUGCAGGUGCCAUUGCUGGUAGUGCUGUUGUAUUAGCCACUCAUCCUAUCUGGACUGUGAACACUCGUUUAACUGUGCGUAAAGGUGUAGAAGAUAACAAAGGAGAAAAUGCUUUUUCUGUUGCCUCUAGUAUUUUGAAAAAGGAAGGACUUUCUGGUUUAUAUUCUGGUGUUGGUGCUGCUUUGGUAUUGGUGAUCAAUCCUAUCAUUCAAUAUACCGUAUUUGAACAAGUCAAGAAUAAAGUAACCAAAUUCAAAACUUUAGGUAAUUUUGACUUUUUCCUUUUGGGUGCUCUUUCCAAAUUGGUAGCCACUGGCUUGACUUAUCCUUAUAUUGUUGUCAAAUCUCGUAUGCAAAUCAGUCAAAAUGAUAAUGAACGAUAUUCCUCUAUUUUGGAUGGGUUCAAAAAGAUUCUUGCUACUGAAGGGAUUGCUGGUCUUUAUGGUGGUUUGAAGAGCAAGAUUGUACAAAGUGUAUUGACUGCUGCUUUCUUGUUCAUGGCUAAGGAAGUAUUAUUUGAUUGGGCUGUCUGGAUACUUGUUAUUGCUGGUGCUCGCAAACGUGCUGCUAUUGCCAAGGCAUAAUCCUUCUUACUUACUUAUUUUACAUACCUUAUGAUUAGAUGAUCAUCCUUUACUAUAGUUUAUAUAUAUAUAUAUAUAUAUACUACUCAUUAUUUAUGUGAUUAUUAUAAUAAAAAAUACAAGCUAU